AUGGCGCCUCACUUCCAUCUGCCCACAUUUCGUCUUCAUCUUCGUAAGACCGUGGGUCCCGAUGAAUAUCCGGCCCGUCAUAGCCUGCCGUGGAUAGCCAGCCCCGUUGAUAAAAUGACCGAAUGUCCUCGUCUAUACAGGCACUCAGAGGCAACACCCAUCGAACUCUUCUUUGACCUCUUCUUCGUUGCCAAUCUCUCCACUUUUACUGCUACACACGAAAUCAACAACAUGAAAGGUAUGCCUUAUCACUGCGUUGGCCUGCCUUUGCUUAUCCGUGUACAAGCUCUGGGAGCAUACAUUGGCUUCCUCGGCGUGAUCUGGUUCACAUGGCUCCAAGUCACCCUGUUUGAUAUACGAUUCGCCCGAGACUCCGUCUUCGAACGGAUUUGCAAGGCCAUCCAGCUCGGGGUGAUGGUCGGUUUCGCGUCUGCUGGCACACGCUUCACCACCCACGUUCAGGGCGAGAAUGUUUGGGCAUUUCAGUCUCUGACGGCGAUUCUUGCGGGUAGUCGACUGCUCCUGGCUACUCAGUAUACCAUAAACAUUGCGUUUAUGCGGAAAUCGAUGAAACACUCCUCGGUAGGGGUGAGCUUCACGGCGACUGUUCUCUGGUUCGCUGGCUCAGUCUACGGCUGGAUGUAUUUUUCGUUCAGCCCAGCCAACCGGCUUCGAGGCCAAAUCUGGACCAUUUGGUUUGUUUUGUUCGCGCUCGAAAUGUGGGCAGUGAUGCUGUUGUCUUGCCUGUACUCCGGGAUCGGAUUCCAGGACACCCACCUCAACGUCCGAAUGGGUCUUUUGACAUUGAUUAUCAUUGGAGAAGGUGUUAUUGCGAUCACUCGAAUUGUCAACAAGACGGUGCGGCCCGGCGGAUGGACCAAAUGGUCGUUUGUCCACAUCCUGGGAGUGACAACCAAUGUGUAUCUUCUCUGGCAGGUCUACUUUGACAUGUCCCCGCGGCACCGACUCGGCAAGCUGACCCAGCAGAUCUGGGCCCAGUUGCAUUUCCCGUUUCACGUCGCACUGAUUCUUCUCCUCGAGGGCUCUCAAAUCCUCGCACUGAGUCUAGAUGUGACCUUGAAGUUGAAAUAUCUGAAACAGACUCUGUCUUUCAUCUGCGAGGAACCGAUUCCCACUCCGAUCAGCGGUGUUGCGCUCAUUCGAAGCACGAUUACGGACAUGGAGAUUCCUUUCAGUCGAGGAGCAACGCAAGAAUGGAUUGCCAUCUCGAGCAUCCUGGACGAAUUAGUCCACCAGCCACUUUGUCCUGAAACUGAAACCUUCAGCUGGGUCCACACGGAGGAGCUCUUUAGCGACCUGCUGGGGAAUGUCACGGCGGCGCUGUUCUCGAGUAUGGAUAUUACACCAUCGAACAAGGUAGACAUCAAUCUCCUCGACAACCAACAACUCUUACAGAUGUACAUGAAAGUCCUCGCAUUCGUGUAUAUGUAUUUCUUCGCCGUCACCAGCAUUUCAUUGACCCUAUUCGCUGCAUUCCUAAUUCUAUCACGCCGCCACAACCUCCGCCUCCACCUCAUCCUCUCAACGGCGGUCCACAUACUCCUCGCCAUCUCUCUAGCAAGCCAAGUCUCAUUCGUUACCCACUUUCCGCUAGCCUAUUCAUAUAUGACCUCGCCCCUAAUCCUCUACGCCUUCAGCCUAACCCUACUAACUGGUCAGUCUUCUUCCCAUGCUCUGACAGAUCGAUUCUCAUUGGCUGUAGUCCUCCUCGUUGACCGACUUUUGGACUUUCUGGCAUCGCGGAGCAACGCAGCUGGCCGACGGAAGCGGGAAUCCAUCGAUGCCAAGCAUCUGGGCCGGGGUAUUGUGGCGAUAGGGCCGCCUCCUGUGGAGAUGUCUGACCGACGUGUCUCAUUGUCCACUGUGGGGGAGAAAGAAAAGAUUACUGGAGAAGUUCGUGAAGCUGGGACUGUGGAUAGGGGUCGGCAUUGGAGUGGUUCCCCUUGGAGUUCGAAAGCUGUGGUUAUGACUGGUGCCGCUUUGCCUGGGUCGACAGUUGUGACUGGUUAA